GAGAUUGGUUGGUCGCAGCGCGAUUGGAGUGUGUUUUGGAGCGCGCGCGAGGGAGGAGGCGACAGUUGGUGGCUCCUUUUUUUUUUGUUUUUUUUAUUAUUAUAUAAUUUAAAAAAAGGAUAAUUGAAAUCACUGUUGACCUUCAGGGGAUUCGGUCCGUCGAAGGGGCGGAAGGAAAAAAAAGAAACUGUUGCCCGUUUUCCUCUGGAGAAGCGAGGGCGGGAGGCGGCUGUGGUUGCGCCCGUUGAUGGACAGGCAGGAGACGGGCUGCGAGUGAAGGCGACGGGGGCAGGUCGCGGGGAAUGACAGCGCACUAGCCGGCUCCGUGGGGAUCGUCAGCUGGAGACGGCCGCCAGCCACUCCCAGGGGAGGGGGGGGGGAGCGGAGCAGGCCCCGGGGGGGCUGGGGAAGGAGCUCCGGCCCUCGCCGCCGACGUUAACUUCUGUACAUUAUUAGCUCGCACCGUGUUUUAUUUUUGCCUCCCUUCCCGUGGGUCACUUGUUUUAUCGGACCUGGUUCACACACGCACGGCCGAUCGUCCCCCCUCCACCACCACCUUCCCCAAACCCCCCCUCCACUCCUCCUCCUGUCGCUGUGGUGGCUGGUCUCUAGAAGAAGAUGUCGGCAGCAGCGGCCGUGGUGACAGCGGCGGAAAAAGUGGAUGGGUUCACCAGGAAAUCCGUGCGGAAGGCGGCCAGGCAGAAACGAUCGCAGGGAUCGUCGCAGUUCAGGAGUCGAAGCAGCCCGGUGGAGAUCCAGCUUCUCCCGCCCCUCAAAGAUGCUCCAAAUGCUGAACAGCAUGAUCUCUUCUGUCAGAAACUACAGCAAUGCUGUGUUAUUUUUGAUUUCAUGGACUCAGUUACAGACCUAAAGAGCAAAGAGGUCAAAAGGGCAACACUGAAUGAAUUGGUGGAUUUCCUCACAUCCAAUAGAGGUGUGCUUCUUGAACCAGUCUAUCCUGAAAUAGUGAGAAUGAUUACCUGUAAUAUUUUCAGAACUCUUCCUCCCAGUGAUAAUCCAGACUUUGAUCCAGAAGAAGAUGAACCAUCCUUAGAAGCAGCAUGGCCUCACAUGCAGCUUGUGUAUGAAUUUUUCUUGCGGUUUCUGGAGUGUCCAGACUUCCAGCCUAGUAUUGCAAAAAGGUUCAUUGAUCAGAAAUUUGUACUUCAGCUUUUGGACUUAUUUGAUAGUGAGGACCCACGUGAGCGUGAUUUUUUGAAAACGGUUCUGCAUCGUAUUUAUGGAAAAUUCCUUGGACUUCGAGCAUUCAUCAGGAAACAGAUCAAUAACAUUUUUCUACGGUUUAUAUAUGAAACUGAUCACUUUAAUGGAGUUGCGGAACUGCUGGAGAUAUUAGGAAGUAUUAUUAAUGGGUUUGCACUGCCACUGAAAGCAGAACAUAAACAAUUUCUUAUGAAGGUGCUUAUUCCCCUUCACACUGCUAAAGGCUUAGCUCUAUUUCAUGCACAGUUGGCUUAUUGUGUGGUACAAUUCUUGGAAAAAGAUGCAACUCUUACAGAACCAGUCAUUAGAGGAUUACUAAAAUUCUGGCCAAAAACUGUAAGUCAAAAAGAGGUUAUGUUUUUGGGUGAAAUAGAAGAAAUUUUGGAUGUGAUAGAACCUUCUCAGUUCAAAAAGAUCCAAGAACCUUUAUUCAAGCAAAUAGCCAAGUGUGUGUCAAAUCCACACUUCCAGGUUGCAGAAAGAGCUUUGUAUUUCUGGAAUAAUGAAUACAUUCUUAGCUUAAUUGAGGAUAACUCUGAGAAAAUUCUACCAAUUAUGUUUGGUAGUUUAUACAGAAUCUCCAAGGAACACUGGAACACAACCAUUGUAGCACUUGUUUACAACGUACUAAAAACUUUAAUGGAGAUGAAUGGGGCACUGUUUGAUGAACUUACAGCAUCAUAUAAAGCAGAAAGACAGCGUGAAAAGAAGAAGGAACAGGAGCGUGAGGAACUUUGGAAAAAUCUUGAAGAGUUGCGGCUCCAAAGGAGUCAAACGCUUUCUGAAGUACAGAGUGAUACCCACAAUACGCAAAAUGCUCAAGACAAUAAAUCAAGUGCCAAAUGACCAGUAUCGACAAUUGACUUAAGAGUUACAGAUGAGGAGUGAUGGGGUAUUUCAUACAUAUUUUGGAAUACGUGUGGAUAAAAUACAUACACAAGACAAAUCUUCAGCAGUAUACUUCCAAAAAUGACCAGCUUUUUUGAUGAGCUGUAAACUAUGUUAAAAGGAAAAGAUAUGAACUUUGAACAUUACUGUGUGACCACAAUAUUUGUAACUUUGAUCAUGAAUUUAUUAUGUCACUUUUUAGAAUUCUCAGAGAAUAAAUGAAUUUAUCAUUUGUGGCCAGAGUGAAAAUAAUUGGUGGAAUUAUGACUUGAAAAAAAUAAUUUUUUGAUUGUGCUGCACAUAGAAAAUUAGUCAGCUAUUUAAAUAUAGAUUUUUCCUAUUUUAUAUGUGCUUCUCACAAUGCUACAGACCUUGAGUGACCUGAAAAGGAGCGAGUUAUGCCUACAGAAAAAACAUUAGAAAUUCAAGCAUAAAAUAUUGUACGUUUUUCUUCAACUAAUCAUUCUGAUGUUAUGUCAGAGAACCAUUCCAUUCUGUAAAUCUUUGGCAGUGUGAAGCUCUUUUGUAAUGAGACACCUUAUUUGGGGUUCUGAGCAACAUUCAAUAAAGUCUACAUAAUAUUUGUAUUUGGAUUUCAACAUUUUUAGCUUUUCUAUUUUACAAAGAUAUACAGUUUCUGAUGGAGUUCUGUGAAUCUCAGCUGGAUAUCUUGAAUGAUAUAGGUUAAGUAUCCAUUCCUCGACUUUUGUUUGUUGAAAGGAACAGUAUUUCAGUUUAUCAUCCUUUUGGGAUGAGGUUGCAUAUCAGUAGCACAAGUAAUUGAAGACUGACUCGAAUGUAAAUGUUCUAGGAAGUGAAAAUCAGGGAUUCUUCUAUCAAAUUGGAUUACAGGGUACAUUUUGUUUUAAGAGCAGAGUACAAUGAAGAUUACUGAAUCUCCAGCUAGCUCUACUUAAGCAUGUACUAUACAUAUGUUUAUAUUAUGGAUGUAUCAUUCUUGGGCCAUGUAGGUAUUAGAAGCAAUUUUGAUCUUAGAUAAUUUAUUUAUAUGCUAGGAAUUGUUUAGUUUCUGUGUCAAACGCAAUCCACAAAAAUGUUGGUCCCCUGUACUGAAUCAGUUUUGUGAUGAUAUACUCUAAGCUAGAGAACAUUUACAGC